AUGUUCAAACACAGUGAUGUUGUCAUUCGUUCAAACAUCACCACCACCACGAACAACACCACCACCACUUCAAUGACCCAUACAUGGCACUACUCCUCCUCCUCAUUAUUCCUUCUUGCAAUGAUUGUCAUGAUCGUGAGUGCAAUUUAUUUCUUCACAUUUAAAGGAUUUUUAGUGAGCAGAAUGAUUUUACCAAAUUCAAAAUAUAGAAAUUCCUUGUCUCGGAAUGAUUCUUUUCAAAAAAAAUCAAUCACAAGUGAUGAAUCCAUUGUUGAAAGGUCAAUCUCUUCAUCCAAUCAUGAAGAUUCUUCUCUUUCAUCAUUCACUACAUUAUCAAAGAAUGAUCCUUCUCAAACAGAAUUAUCAUCAAAAAAGAAUGAUCCUUCUCAAUACUCUUACUCUAAUCGUACCUACAUGAAUGAAUCCAAUCCUUUCAAUAUCAUUAUUCUUUUGAUUGAUGCCUUACGUUUUGACUUUUAUGAUCAAUUACCAUUCUUGUCAAUUUUAAAAUCUAAAUAUCCCAAUCACACAAGAUUAUUUAAAUUUGUUGCAGAUGCACCCACCACUACCAGUCAACGAUUAAAAAGUUUAACCACAGGAUCAUUACCAACUUUUUUAGAAGCUUUAUAUAAUUUUAACAGUGAACAAGUCAUUGAAGAUAAUUUAAUUUCACAGUUAAAACAUUUUAAUUCAAAUAUUGUGGUUUUAGGAGAUGAUACUUGGAAAUAUUUAUUUAAUACCUCUGUGUAUUUUAAUACUCAUUAUUUAUAUCCAUCUUUUAAUGUUUGGGAUCUUCAUACAGUCGAUAAUGGAAUUUUAGAACAUUUAAAUUCAGAAUUGGAAUCUUUUCAAAAAAGUGAAUAUCAAAGAAAUGUAUUAAUUGCACAUUUUCUUGGUGUCGAUCAUUGUGGUCAUCGAUAUGGUGUUCAUCACUCAGAAAUGGAUUUGAAAUUACAACAAAUGAAUCAAAUGAUUGAACAUGUGACUCGAUCCAUUUUUAGAAAUGAUACCAUGAUUUUAAUAUUUGGUGAUCAUGGAAUGAAUGAUCAUGGAGAUCAUGGAGGAAAUUCAGAACUUGAAGUUGAUUCACUUCUUUUUGUAUAUUCUCCAUUUCAAGAAUUAUUUUCAAGUUCUUUUGAUAGUAAUAAUACUAUUACUAGUAAUAAUAAUAAUCAUAAUAAUAAUAGGGCUGAAUCUCAUAUUAGGACUCAUAUCGAAUCUACUUCAACUACUACUUCAACUACUACUGAAUCUACUUCAACUACUUUUACUACUACUUUUACUUCUACUUUUACAACUAUUCCUCAAAUUGAUCUCGUUCCAACAUUAAGUCUUCUCUUAAAUAUUCCAAUUCCUUUUGUGAACUUGGGAAAAAUCAUUCCUUCCAUGAUUCCCAAGAGAUGGAUUCAAAAUCAUCCUUCUCUUCUUCUCAUUCUACUACAAGAAAAUGCUCAUCAAAUCUAUCGAUACAUUGAAGAAUAUUUAAAUUUAGAUCAUUCUUUUAUUGAAAGAGAGAAAUGGAAACAUUUACAAAUACUUUUCAGAAAAGCCAAUGAACAAGCAGCAGAAGCAUCAUCAUCAUUCAAUGAAUCUUUUCAGAACGUAUACAAUGAAUCUUUCCAACAACAGAAAUCAUUCAAUGAAGCAUACAAACUCUAUGAACAAUUUAUUCAAGAAAUUGUGAAACAAUGUCGAGAGAGUUGGGCAACUUUCAAUCAUUAUUAUUUAUAUAUUGGAAUGGGAUUAUUGGUGGGAAGUUGGAUUUUAUUGUUAUUUGAAAAUUUCACACAGAGAAUGUUGAAUCAUCAUGAAAAUACUCACAAUGAGAUGAUUGAGAAUCCAUUCUUUCUUCGUCGUGGUUUACAUGUUGGUGUCAUUGGUUCUAGUGUGUUAUUAUUUCUAUUCAAAUUAUUGAUUGCUCUUCAAACAGAGAAGGAUGAUUCAUUGACUUGUUCUUUGAAUGGUAUUGAUUCACUAUGGAAUUCAUUGUCUUUGGAUUCCAUUGCAUCUCUUUUUUCCAAAUUGAAUGUUUACUAUGAAAUGAUUCAUAUUCAUCUUUGUUUUUUCACACUACUUGUUGGAAUUUAUGAACAAUUGAAAUACUUGAUGAAAAAACAUCAAAUACUCGUACAACAAUGGAAACAAUUACUUUCCAUACUACCGACAUGGAUUGAUCUCAUUUGUGUGAUUGGAUAUUCGAUGAGUUUAUUUUCAAAUAGUUUUAUUAUUUAUGAAGAUCGAAUGGUGAAUUAUUUAUCAAUUUUUAGAAUCAUUCUAUUCUAUUUCUUACAACUCAAUUAUGUGAAAAGAAAAGAUUAUCGUCGUUCAACAAUGAAGAGCAUGCAAAGAACCACAAAGAGUACUCUUCAGAACAGCACUCACACCUGGAAUGUCAUUAUUCUUUUAAUCUUAUUGAAUCAAUCAAGUUCUAUGAUUCGAUACAGAUAUCAUUCGAGUUCAUUCAUUGAUGAUAAUCUCACAACGAUCAUUUUUUCAAAUCAUUUCAUGAUGAAAUUGAUGUAUUUACUCGUGAUUUAUUAUGUAUUGAGAGAACAUUUGAAACAACGAUUGAAUCAUGAUGAAAGCUCGACUUGCCAUUCACAUACUUUCACCACUUUCUUCAUUUUAUAUAUUUAUUUACCACUCUCAUUCAUUCUCGUGUUGAGUUUUUAUUAUUUUGUAAAUGAGAGUCUUGUAGAAAUUUCGAAUCGAGUGGCACAAGGUCUGUAUGCCCUUUUUGUGAUCACAGUGGUCUAUGUUGGUAUUCGAUUAGUUUUCAAAGAUUAUGUGAAAGAAGAACCAUCCACAACCACCUCUGUUAACUCUACGACCAACUCAAAGAAUCUAUUCUUUCUCUAUUUCUUUAUCAUUUCCAUUAGUCCCUUAUUGAUCUUAUAUGAUCAUAGAUAUUUAUAUACAUUUGUUAUUUUACUUGCACAAUAUCACUAUUACUAUUUAAUUACUCAAGCCCAAAGAGUCACAGAGUCAUUGGAAGUUCGUUCAAAAGAGAGUCAAAUCAUUGAUAUUUUCCUUUUUGGUGUUCAAGCAUAUUUUAGUUUAGGACAUCAAAAUUCAAUGACAACCAUUCAUUGGAAUAGUGCAUUUGUUGGUAUUUCAAAUGCACAUAUGGUAUUCUCUGGAAUACUAGUCAUGCUUAAUCAAUUUUCCUUCAAAAUUAUAUUGACUAUCACUUUGAAUUUAUGGAUUUCACACUCUCCUCCUCUUGAUCGAACCACUAGUUUGGUAACAUCAAGAAAAGAACUGUCAUUUCAGUCGAUACAAAAUUAUUCCAGAUUUCUCUUGCUGAAUGUUUGCUUGCUGGUAACAAGCAUGUUGUGCGCAUUUAUUCAAAGAAGACAUUUAAUGACCUGGGAUAUCUUUGCCCCAAAAUACAUGUUUGAUGCUCUCUCAACAUUGAUUGUAUGUGCAUGCGUUAGUGUAAUGUGCGCCUCAUAG